UUCCCUUCAAUGGCUGGUGGUCCCAGGCGUGGAGGUAGAGGGCGACAACGACGAGGCAACGACAAGGGAAAGGAGCCUGUCGGUGAACAAAGCACACGUGAGGGGAAGGGAAAAGAGCCUGUCGUUCAAGAACCUGUCGAGGGAGAAGGAAAGGAGCCCGUCCUCGAAGGGUGGCAGUUGUUUGGAGCCGACGAUAUUCCAAACCAUUUCCGAUUUAGGCCUACUGUUGUGAGUAAAUUGACAUUGAUUAUUUGGCAUAAAGGUCAUUUUGUGUUUGAGCCUACAUGUGCGUAUGUUGAAGGGGAGUCUGAAAUAUUGCCAGGUUGGGAUCCAGAUCAAAUAAAUUCAAUAGAAGUAGACAAGAUAGUGACAGCACAUUUAGGGUAUGCUUCAUAUAAGUGUUUGUGGUAUAGGGCUCCUACUUUAGGGUUGUUUGAUGGCCGCAGACCACUUAGGGAUGAUGGAGAUGUUCAUCAAUUUCUGAGUGAUGUCAAGGGUUUCUCUGAAGUUGAGUUUUAUGUUGAGCACUUGGAAGAAACUGGAGUACAAACUGGUGAAUUGCAGAAAGGGACACAGAUAUUUGUGGAGGACAUUGACUCUGAAACAGAGUCUGCUUUUGUGAGUGUAGCAAGGGAGGCAGAGGCUGAGAUUGACAGUCUUGCAAGGGGGGUGAGUGAGGUAAGGGCGGUGUCUGAAGUUGUGAGUGAAGAGAGUGUGGUGCACGAGGGUGUGAGUGAAAAGAGAGUGCUGCCUGAGGGUGUGAGAGAGGAGGUUGUGGUGCAUGGGGGUGUGAGUGAACAGAGGACUGUGUCUGAGGUUGUGAGUGAACAGGGGGGCUCCACUUGA